AUGGGCCGUCUUAAAGUCACCGUCAUUUCAGCAAGAGAUCUCGAAGGAAAGGAUGUUGGAGGUACCUCAGAUCCUUAUGUGAGAGCAACCGUAGCCGGAGUGAGUCAUAAAACUGAUCAUGUCAAUAAGACUUGUAAUCCAACAUGGAAUACGACCUUGUUUUUUGAUAUUCCACCAACAGUCAAUGCUGCUACGGAAUCCAUCACUUUUGAAGUUUUUGAUUAUGAUCGAUUUGGAGGAAAUGAUAUCAUUGGAAAAGCAACCAUUGCUUUGGGAACAUUGUCACGUGGUAUUCCUGAACGAGUGGAUUUGAAAUUGACCUAUUCCAAGAAGGGAUUGUUGACUGUUGAAUUGUUGGCAGAAGAUUUUGGACAAAAUCCACCUCCACAACAACCACAAGGUUUUCCUCAACAACAACAACAACCAUACGGAUAUCCACAACAACAAGGUUACCCUCCACAACAAGGGUAUGGCUAUCCACCACAGCAACCUUAUGGUUAUCCACCUCAACAGCCUUAUGGUUAUCCACCUCAACAACAACCUUAUGGUGGUUAUCCUCCUCAACAAGGUUAUCCUCCACAACAAUAUCCACCUCAACAGCAACCACCUUAUGGUGGCUAUCCUCCAAGUUAUCAAUAA